CUGAGCCCUUUUUUAUUCCUAACGCUUGUCUUCUGGGACCUGCUCCUUCAAUAAACUAAAGGAAUUGACAGAUACUCUGAUACAGUGACACCCAUUUAAAAUUAGGGCGCCUGGCAGCACCGCGUAGACCUCGUUUGCCAUCGACAUACAUUGUCAGGCAGGUGUAAAUUGCCCCUGGGCGUCGACUGACCAGUGAGCAUCCACUCAUCCUUUCUACGCUCUUGCUAGCUAGCUGUAGCCGAGAGGCAGGGCGCCGUCGGAGGGACAAACACACACACGAUGUCGGGGUACCAGGGAAAAAAGAACAUUCCUCGAAUCACUAGUGAUCGUCUCCUUAUCAAAGGGGCAAAGAUAGUGAAUGAUGAUCAGUCCUUCAUGGCUGAUAUCUACAUGGAGGAUGGAGUCAUCAAGCAAAUCGGCGACAACCUAAUUGUUCCCGGUGGAGUUAAGAUCAUAGAAGCUCAGGGAAGAAUGGUGAUGCCUGGAGGCAUUGACGUGCACACCCGAUUCCAGAUGCCCGAUCGAGGCAUGGUGGCGGCAGAUGACUUCUACCAGGGCACUAGGGCUGCUCUGGCGGGCGGCACCACCAUGAUUAUCGACCACGUGGUGCCAGAGCCUGGCGUAAGCUUGGUCGCAGCUUUCAAGCAAUGGAGGGAAUGGGCCGACAGCAAAUCCUGCUGUGACUAUUCUCUCCACGUGGACCUCACUGACUGGAACAAAGGCACUCAGGAGGAGAUGGAGACCUUGGUCAAGGAGCAUGGUGUCAACUCUUUCCUGGUCUAUUUGGCCUAUAAGGAUGUUUUCCAACUUUCUGACUCUCAGAUUUACGAGGUGUUGAGCGCCAUCAGAGACCUUGGUGCCAUCGCUCAAGUGCAUGCUGAGAAUGGAGACAUAAUUGCUGAGGAGCAGAGACGUAUUCUGGAGCUGGGUAUCACUGGACCUGAGGGUCAUGUACUGAGCCGCCCAGAAGAGGUGGAAGCAGAAGCAGUCAAUCGCUCCAUCACCAUAGCCAAUCAGACAAAUUGUCCUGUCUACAUCACCAAAGUGAUGAGCAAGAGUGCUGCUGAUGUCAUCGCUAUGGCCAGGAAAAAGGGUUCUGUGGUUUUUGGAGAGCCCAUCUCGGCCAGCUUAGGCACAGACGGAACCCAUUACUGGAGCAAGAACUGGGCCAAGGCUGCGGCCUUUGUCACCUCUCCACCACUGAGUCCUGAUCCCACUACCCCUGAUUACCUCAGCUCUCUUUUGUCAUGUGGGGACCUUCAGGUGACCGGCAGCGCUCACUGUACUUUUCUGACAUCUCAGCGUGCGGUCGGCAAAGAUAACUUCACCCUAAUCCCAGAGGGCACUAAUGGUACCGAGGAGAGGAUGUCCCUAGUCUGGGACAAAUGUGUGGUGACUGGAAAGAUGGAUGAGAAUCAGUUUGUGGCAGUGACCAGCACAAAUGCGGCCAAGAUCUUCAACCUCUUUCCUCGCAAGGGCCGCAUCGCUGUGGGCUCUGAUGCUGAUCUCGUUUUGUGGGACCCAGAUGUCACUAAGAUCAUCUCAGCCAAGAACCACAAUCUGGCUGUGGAGUACAACAUCUUUGAGGGCGUUGAGGUGCGUGGAGGUCCUCUGGUGGUCAUCAGCCAAGGUAAAGUAGUGCUGGAGGAAGGCAGCCUUCACACCACGGAAGGCUGCGGUCGCUACAUCAGCCGUAAAGCCUUUGCGGACCACGUCUACAAGAAGAUAAAGGCCCGUAGCAGGCUGACAGAGUUACGAGGUGUCCCCCGGGGUCAGUACGAUGGGCCGGUGUGUGAGGUGACCAUUACUCCCAAGGUUCUGUCAUCAGUCACUUUGGCGAAGACUUCUCCUACCAAGCAGCAGGAGCAGCAACAAUUUAUUCACCAGCCCAUGCGCAACCUCCACCAGUCUGGCUUCAGUCUGUCUGGGGCGCAAAUCGAUGACAACAUCCCCCGCCGCAACACCCAGCGCAUUGUGGCCCCCCCUGGAGGAAAAGCCAACAUCACCAGUCUUGGAUAAGAUGUUUUUGGAAGUCCCGUCACACCUGACUCCAUUUUUCCAUUUUCACUCACAUGGUACAUAAAAAGGAAGGCACUAUUUCAUUUUAUCUGAUUUAAUUAGGAAUUUAUAGACAGCGUUUUGCUGAGGUGUAAAGAAAGCCCAGUCAAGCUAGAUGAUGAAACCUUUUAAGCUUUUGAAAUGUAUCAUUCAUUGAAGCACUCACUUGUAACAGCUUCGGACAUUUUAGCAGCAGUCUGCAGUUUUUCCCCCCACCAGAGAAAUGUGCGAGCAAAUGCUAUUCAACCAAAAGUCAGUCCUUUCUUUUAUUGUCAUUUUACUGUCACUGCAGAAGAGUCUAAUUCUUAUCACCUCGGUCUUCCUGUUGUGUUAUAGUUGCACUUUCUAUUUUCUUAAUCAUGUCUUUCUUUUUGAUGUCUUUUCUUAAUGCUGUGACUGCACUAAAAAGAAGAAAUAAGGGUAUUUUAUGGUUAAACUUCAACUUCACCUUAUAUUUGGAAACUGCACCCCCAGUUUCCUUUAAUUUCUUCUGUGUUUGUCCUUUUUGUCAAACUUGUAAUAUGAAUAAGGCCGCUGUAUAUUGUGAAAGACACAAACGCUACAAAUUGCGAGAGGAGGCGGGCUGUUGGCGUCCUUGCAUUUGGUGCUAAAUGAGCAAAGCUAGUUGAGACAGACAAUGUUAACUGUGUGCAUGCAUCCAAACUGCAGUUGUGUAUGCUUUGUGAGACACAAUUUGUUUUGCACCUGCAACAAUCAAUGGAUACACGUGUAUGUGAGCUAAAGGUAUAUGUCCUCCCGAAAUAUUGUGUGUUGCGUGAGAUCUUGAUAGCACAAUGUAUCUAUGAAGGCUCUUUAAGACCUGAUGGACAAUGCGUUGCUAUGUAUAGGAGAUGUCUCACAGCGUACUGAUGUGUCCCACUGCUCUUUGUGUUUAGUGUUGUGUGACCCAAGUACCAGAAAACCAGUGCUCCUUUUUCUUACCUUUUAUUGUCACUAGUGUGAACCUGAGCCAAGUUAAGUGUACACCUCCAGGCUAUUCAUGUGAAGUGGUUUACAUUUGAGAGGUUUUCUUGGAUAUUGGUUGUUGCUGUUGUUGUCCCACCUACUGUUGUGAUCAAAAUUAUUCAACCCCCACACAAUUUUGGUGUUUUAGCAAGUUGGACAUUUAUUCCGUAUUUUGUUUAUAGUCAUAUCAAAUAAAGAUGUGUCAAAUAGACAAAUGCAACUUAAAUUGUAACACUGUAUUUUACAAAAUACCAAAAAAGGACACUUUUCUUAAUAUCUCAUUGACAAAAUGAUUCAACCCCCUAGUUACAUGCAUCUUUAGUACUUAGUAGAACACCCUUUGGCAGUAAUUACAACCUUCAAACGUGAUACAUAACCAGACACAAGCUUCUUGCAACGAUCUACAGGUAUUUUAGCCCAUUCCUCUUGGGCAAAGGCCUCCAGUUCAUUCAUAUUCUUGGGCUUGCGUGCUGCAACUGCCUUCUUCAAGUCCCACCGCAGCUUUUCUAUAGGAUUUAGGUCUGGCGACUGUGAAGGCCACUCCAGAGUCUUCCAGCCCUUCUUCUGCAACCACUCUGAUGUUGAUUUGGAGGUAUCCUUGGGAUCGUUGUCCUGUUGGAAGGUCCAACGUCUCCCAAGCCUCAGCUUCGUCACUGACUUCAUGACAUUUCCAGCUAAUAUAUCCUGGUAGGGAAUAGGAUUCAUAAUGCCUUGAACGCGCUGGAGAUUCCCGGUACCUGAGGCAGAGAAACAGCCCCAGAGCAUGAUUGACCCCCCACCAUGCUUAACAGUAGGCAAGGUGUUCUUCUCUUUGUAAGCUUCAUUUUUUCUCCUCCAGACAUAAUGUUGAUUCAUAGGCCCAAAGAGUUCCACUUUUGUCUCAUCACUCCAUAGAACAGUUUCCCAAAACCUUUGGGGUUUGGCCAGAUGAUUUUUGGCUUACUGGAGUCUAUUUUUCUUGUGCCUGGUAGUCAGAAGUGGGGUGCGCCUGGGCGUUCUGGCAUGGAGGCCUUCAUCUCGUAGUGCGCGCCUUAUUGUCUGGGACGAAACCUGCGUUCCCCCCUCUGCAAUGUCCCGUUGUAGUUCCUCAGCUGUUACCCGGGGGUUUUUCACCACUGUACGCACACAGCAUCCUCUUUCUACCACGCCCAGGUAGUGUUUCCACUGUGCCUUUAGCUUUAAACUUGCGAAUUAUUUAUGCUCCCAACUGUGUCUCUUGGAAUGUGUAAUGUCUUUGCUAUUUUCUUAUAUCCAUAUCCUUUCUUAUGAAGAGAAAUUAUCUCCUCUCUUGACUUCUUUGACCACUCCCUGGACUUCACCAUGUUACAAAUACAACAUUGACCAUCUACAAGAAGCUGAGCGUCUCAGUCUUUUUCAAUCAGUUUAAUUGUUGCUCAUUAUGGUUCUGAUCACAUCUACAGGUGUUUUCAACACCUGAUUGAAAAGACCCUAUUCAAAUUCUGUUCUUAAGAGAUAGGAUCUUCAAGGGGUUGAAUAAUUUUGUCAAUGAGAUAUUUAAAAAAAAGUCAUUUUUUGGUAUUUUGUAAAAUACAGUGUUACAAUUUAAGUUGCAUUUGUCUAUUUGACACAUCUUUAUUUGAUAUGACUAUAAAGAAAAUACGGAAUAAAUGUCCAACUUGCUAAAACACCUAAAUUGUGUGGGGGUUGAAUAAUUUUGAUCACAACUGUAGUGUGAUACUCAGUCAUGUAUAUUUUAUAGUUUAUGUCAGGGUUUGACCAGACACUAAUCGAUAAUCCUGUCAGCAUUUUAAUUUCUGCGGAGUAAAAUCGUACAAAUAAAACCUGGGAUUCACUCUUUUCUUUGUCAUUUAUAGUAUGAGCACGUGUGCGGUAGAAAAAGCUUUGGGGCAUCAUUCAUCUACAGCAGGGGUGUCCAACUCAUUAUAGAUCGGGGCCACAUGGAGAAAAAUCUACUCCCAACUGGUAAGAUCACAACACAAUAACUGAACAAUAAAGACAACUUCAGAUUUUUUUCUUUGUUAAAAAUAGAACUAACACAUUCUGAAAAUUUACAAAUCAUGUUAUUUUCACACUUACAUGUUGUGGUUAGUUGUAUUCUACAUUUUAGUUGUUGUUAUUUAUACUUUCUGAAUAAAUGAUGUGAUAAUGUUCAUCAGUCAACUGAUUGGUGUUGUUUACUUUCAAUCUAUCAAGAUAAAAAAAUGAUACGAAAAACGAAAUUACAGAAUUUUAUUUAUGUAGUUUGCUCAUUUUCCUCGACUUGUCCACUAAAAUCAUGUGGGGUUUUUUUGUUUUAUUUUUACAUAUGUAGCAUAAUCUACAAAGAUACAAAGAAUUGCUCUUGUGACAUCUAGUGGACAAAUUUAAAACAGGUUUCUUUCAUUCAAAAAUUUCAGCUCAUUUUCAUAUUUGGCAAAGUCGUCCCGAAGGCUGGAUAAAACCUGUUCGCGGGCCGGUACGUUUGAUACCCUUGAUCUGCAGCAAUGAAUGCAAAAACCAAAAAUGUCCAUUAGGGAUAAGCCUAAUGUUCAAUUUCUCCAUCAUUAAAAUUAUUGUGUGGUUUGACAAUAAUUUAGUGGGUAUUUCGUUUCGUAACAAAAUUUUAAAAAACUAUUCAAAUCAUUUAAUUAUAAUCAUUGUAUAAAUUAUUGUGAAGUUUGCACUCACAAGUCAAUAUUCCAGUGAUCAGUUUGGAGCAAAGUAAACGAUUCUACCCAAUUGGUGAGGUUGGAAAUAUUUUCAUUCCCAAAACUUUGUCCUUAUAUAUAUUGUAGUACAAUAUCUGAAGUACACAUUCCUAGAAAAAAAGCAGUCAACUUUUAUUUUGUAUUUUCAGAAUAUUUGGGAAUGUUUUUUUCCUCUCCCCAAAUGUCAUUACCAAAACAUAGCAUUCGAUUAUGAAUAAAAAUAUAAUGUUAACAUGUCAAUACUAUUUUAAUUGCCUUGUGUAAAAGUUGUUCUUUAUUUAUUAGGCUUUUUCACAAUAAAAUUCUUAUAAAAUGAUUUAACAAAUUUCUUAAUUCAAUUUAUAAAAUUGUUCAAAAGUCAUGUGCAAUCUUUCUAAAACGUACAACACUGAUCAGGUUGAUUUCAGAGUUCGUGAUUUAUGAAAUUAAACAUACAUUUAAUCAAUCAGUUUAAUAUUUUAACUGAAAAUUUAAUACAAUUUCUUUUUUUCUAAACACCGAGUGUUUCGGUAAUGUAUUUUGUUUGGAAACUUGUAUCAUAUUGCCCCAAUCUUAUUGCUUAAUAUCAACUCAUAACGUGCUUGCUGUUGGAAAUAUGACAAACACCUGUGUUUUGUCGUCAAUAAAAUAUAUUUUUUUAGCUAAUUCUGCCCAAAGCUAAAUAAUGCAAUUACAUCUUUGAAGUGCUGUAUUCUCAUUAAAACAUUGUAUUUUGCUUAAAUGAUGAAAAAAGUUUACACAAUUGAAGAGAAUAGGCUAUAAGUUCAGUAGUGACAAUUUGUAAAGAUUCACAUUGAUUUUUAAAGUUUGGAACACAUUUUUUUUAAACUACCAUGCAGGCAUUAAGGGAACAAAUACAAUGUGUCAGUUCCUGGUCAAAAAUGCAGGGGUGUGGCUUAAAGCUAGAAUCAACCACGCCUGUAAAACAGUAUUUUUCAACCACUGUGCCGUGGUGCAUUAGUUUGUCGUGCUGCGGGGGAUAAUGUAAUUUCACCUAUUUGGGUUAAAAUAAUUGUUUGCCAACCAGUAAAUAUAAUCCGCAAAUUAUGUGCCGUUGUUGUGUGUCGGUGCUGCUAGAGCUCGGCAGCGUAACCGUGUAAUACUAUUCCAUAUCAGUAGGUGGCAGCCGGUAGGUAGUUAACUGCUUUGUAGAUGUCCGGAACACUUUGUGUGAGACGACAAGGGUUUGUCGUCGUAUCUAAUACUUACACCAAAAAUAAACAAAAGGUAAAUGCCCCUAAGAAAAGGCUUUGAAGCUUAGGGAAGGCUAUGCAGAACGAAACUAAAACCGAACUGGCGACAAAGUAAACAAAAACAGAAUGCUGGACGACAGCAAAGACUUACUGUGGAGCAAAGACGGCGUCCACAAUGUACAUUCGAACAUGACAUGACAAUCAAAUAUGUCCCCACAAAGAAGGAUAAAAACAAUUUAAAUAGUCUUGAACGCUAAAACAAAGCAUCCAUCCAUCUUCUUCCGCAAAGCAGAUGUGGGGAAUAGCGUUUAAGGAAGACAUGAAACUGCUCCAGGAAGAAAAAAGGAGAAAAAGCCACCAAAAUAGGAGCGCCAGACAAGAACUAAAACACUACACACAGGAAAACAGCAAAAAACUCAAAAUAAGUCACAAUGUAAUGUGACAAGUGGUGACUGUACACCUACUUUGAGACAAGAGCUAUACUGAUGCAUGCUUGGUUAUGGUUUUAAGUCAUAUCCAACAAUUGUGACGACGACUUUUUACUGACAACUCAAAUUUCAUUUUUUAAUGAUUUCUGCUGGUGGUGUUUCUCCGGAUUUUUUCAAUGAAAAAAUGUACCUCGGCUCAAAAAAGGUUGAAAAACUAGGGACAUGAUUUUUUGAGCACAGUCUUUUAUUUAAAAAUUUAAACCCACAGUAAAUCUAAGUCAUUAAUCGUCUGUUUCACCUUAAUCAUUGAAAUACUUUAAAUUACAACUUUAAAAAAAAAAAAUUCAAAAUGUUUUAAGCGGUAUUUUCAUAAAUUGAAAAUUAGGGGUCAGGAUUGAGGAGAGCUACUUCUUAAUAGAUAGUACCUUAUAAAUGAUGACUUUGUAUUUAUGUAUCUUAUCACUAUCUCAGUUCGUGCCCUGCGGUCAGCAACCCGCGGCUCAAGAUCGCCGCCCUGGUGUGUGAAAAUGUAAAAAGAUGGAGAAAAAAUAUUUUUGUUUUGUUUUAAUAUGGUUUCUUUAAGAGGACAAGCAUGACACAAACCUUUCUAAUUGUUAAUAAUCUCGCUGUUUAUCUUAUACAUGAUUCUCUGACGAGAGGAUUUGGCGAGCACAGUUUUGUCCUACAAAUUUCAGCGAUCCUUGAACUCAUCUUAGGUUGUUUACAUGUACAAAUUUCUCCGAUGCUGCCACAGAAAGACGGGUUUUUAUGCCACUCCUGCUUUGUCUCAUUUUGUCCACCAAACGUUUUAUACUGUGAGUGACCGCCGCCCUGGUGUGUGAAAAUGUAAAAAGGUGGAGAAAUUUUUUGUUUUGUUUGUUUUAAUACGGUUUCUGUAGGAGGAAAAGCAUGACAAAAACCUUUCUAAUUGUUAUUAAUCUCACUGUUUAUGUUAUACAUAAUUCUCUGACGAGAGGAUUUGGCGAGCACAGUUUUGUCCUACUAAAUUCAGCGAUCCUUGAACUCAUCUUAGUUUGUUUACAUGCACAAAUUUCUCCGAUGCCGCUACAGAAAGACGGGUUUUUAUGCCACUCCUGCUUUGUCUAAUUUUGUCCACCAAAUGUUUUAUAGUGUGAGUGAAUACGUAAAUGUGAGCUUUUGUUAAUUUUAUCGAUUUGCUCCAGUGCUUAUCAGGCAUAUUUGGUCAAUCCAUGACUGCAAGCUAAUCGAUGCUAACAUGCUAUUUAGGCUAGCUGUAAGUACAUAUUGCAUCAUUAUGCCUCGUUUGUAGGUAUAUUUGAGCACAUUUAAUUUCCUUUACUUAUGUCCUCUGUGUAUUUAAUCUGUAUUUGCAUGUCUCGUUACACAUUAUCUGUAUGUAAUAUUGGCUGCAUUUCUGAUUGUUGUUUGUGUGCCAUGUUGUUCCAGACCACAGCAAACGUUACCCAGCUUGCAAAU